AUGGGGUUCGGUGGUUUAUUGAGGUGUGGUCAGCCAAAGGAAAUUGACCACCAUCUGAUCACCGCUUUGAUUGAACGUUGGAGGCCAGAGACUCACACGUUUCACUUCCCAGUCGGUGAAGCGACUGUAACAUUGGAAGACGUGGAGGUUUUAUGGGGCCUGAAAGUUGAUGGAGAGGCUGUGACGGGUUACAUCCCCCCGACACAACCGGGAUAUUGGCAGGACAGGUGUUUGGAUUUUCUAGGAUUCAUACCGGACGCAUCCGAGUUGAAGGAAAUGGCUUUUAAGCAGACAAGCUUAUCGCGUCAAUUGAGGAUUGAGAUGAAUGAUGAGCACGAACACAACAUAUAUGCUCAGCGGGCUCGUAUCUACUGUCUGCUAUUACUUGGUGGUCUGAUGAUCCCGAAUGCCACCGGAAAUAAAAUUCCGUUCUUCUACCUGCAAUUUUUCAUGGAUAUAGAACGGUGUUCUACCUAUAGCUGGGGUGGUGCGACGCUUGCUUGCUUGUACCACAAUUUGUGUGAAGCUGCCAUUGCUAAGAGGACGGAUGUCGGGGGAGCCUUAACUCUAUUACAGCUGUGGGCUUGGGAGAGAAUCCCAAAUAUUAGACCGAGGAUGCUAGAUCCCGUGCAUACAGACUAUCUACCAUGUGCAAGCGCAUGGAAUGGUCCGGCGUCAUAUUUUAUUUGGAUGCCUUAUCUCCAACGGCAGUUGCCGGAAAGUUGUGAUGCCGGUCGUCCUGUAUGGAUGUCGAUAACAACGCUUAUUUCCUGGAAUCUGGCUGAGCCACACCGAGUGUUGCGCCAAUUUGGGAUUUUCCAACCGUAUAUCCCGCAACUCCCCCGGUUCCACGGAGUGGGACAACAGACACUUUUUGGUGUGGACUGA